AACUUGCAUUAAAGAUGCAACGUUUUACUGCAGAAAAAGUUAAAAGGUUAACAAAUUGCUAUCAUGUGGUCAAGAUUUGAUCUUCAAGUUUAUGUGUAUAGAAAAUAUUUUUCGGAAGAAGUUAGUCUCUUAAAUGCUUCUCAAUUAUUUAAAAGAUUGAUCUUUACCUUUCGUCCAAUCGUGGGUUCAUCCCCCAAAAGUUUAAUAGGUUCCUACUGUUCAAUUUAUUCUACUUAUACCACGUACAAGUUUGAAGGAAAAGACAUGAUUUUCAACGGUAUCUAAUUAGGUGAGUAAAAUAUUCAGGAAGUUCCGUCAUGAAUGUCGGUGCUAAGCUUUCUAGGUGAUCCACUUCUUUGUUUCUGGUCAUCAGCCAAUAUGGAACGAAUAUUUAUUUACUCUAUGCAUGUAUAUUGCAGUUCCUUAUGACUGCUGACAUACAAAUACAUCAUAUUACCUUGUAUUUUAUGUUGCAGAGUGUAAGUUUGUAUUGUAUAUUACUUGGAAGCAGUAAACGUUAUGGCCGAGCCUGGUGAUCCAAAGAAAUCUGAAUGGAUAGAUAGAAUAAAAUCUGAAGGAUCCAUUCCACUUCUUGAUCUAAAUAACUGUUCGAAUGGUUGGGCUUCACCUCCUGGAGCUGCAUUCAAGGUUAGAGGUCCUGAGUAUUUUAAGACAAAGGUUAAGAUUCCUGCCGGUGAUUAUCUGCUCAAGCCUAUUGGACUUGAUUGGAUUAAAAGUUCGGUGAAAAUGGGCGACAUAUUGAAGCAUUCAAAUAGUAGAGUUAGGAAGGUCAUUGAUAAUGAGUUUCCAGCUGGUGAUAAACCUUUUGUGUGGGCCUUCAAUAUGCAACUCCCAACCAAGGAUAAUUACAGUGUGGUGGCAUAUUUUACCAACAUAGAGCCUAUUACUGGGGACUCUUUGAUCGAAAAGUUCUUGAAAGGAGAUGAUGAUUUCAGAAACUCGAGGCUUAAGAUGAUUGCCAACAUUGUCAAUGGUCCUUGGAUUGUGAAAAAAGCGGUUGGGGAGCAAGCAAUAUGCCUAAUUGGUCGAGCCCUUUCCUGUAAAUUUUGUGUGGCAGAGAAUUACAUAGAAGUAGAUAUUGAUAUUGGGUCUUCCAUGGUAGCAACUGCUAUAGUUCAUUUGGCAUUUGGUUAUGUGACAACUUUGACUAUUGAUCUGGCUUUCCUUAUUGAGAGCCAAGUUGAAUCAGAGCUUCCAGAAAAACUCUUGGGUGCAUUCAGGUUGUCUAACCUCAAUCCUGCUUCAGCUAGACAAGUUGAGCCAUCAUCUGUUUCGAGCACUGGUAGUUUACAAAGAUCUUUAUCUAAAAGAUUGUGGAAGUCAAUAGGGCAGAUUCUUCUUCCAGGUUCACAAGAAAAUGACUCUACCUCUGCCUCACAAAAUACUAAAACUGUAGAUCAAAAGAACAUCUGACUUCAAAAAAUGUUGUAUUUGACGCCUAAAACAAGAUAGAAAGUGGAACUCUGCAACCUGGAUCUAGCACCUUCUGUCUGGUACAUGUAUAACCUAAAGCCAUUUGAUCUCAUAUUACAGAGGCCAGUUGAUAUAAAUUGUUGGCAAUCCUACAACUUUUUAACAGUUGAAAGGUGGGGAUAUGCCGAGAGGAAAGGCAGUAACAGAAAACUGUGCAAUGAGCAAAUCCUAUUUUCUAAUCAUUGGAUCUGCUUAUCAGUCAAUUACAUAUUACAUUCUCCGCUCAUAUAUUACUCACUUUGAGCAUCUUCUAUUCCAAGAAACACUUAUAUCGCAUUCAUGUAUUUGUGCCUAAAUUAAGACAAUAUCAGCAAUUGAUCUGUGCAGCAAAAUAACUUUAAUCCAGAGAAAUGAUAUUUUGGUGCCAAAUCAGUUACUUCUAUUUUAGCACCUAUUUGUUUUGAUAUUGUAAAAUUAAAUCUCACUUUUUUUUUCCAGUGAAAAAUGCACCUUUCGAUGUAACUGUGACUGAAGAUUGAUUUGAUUACAUCACAAUCAUGCUCAAUAGUUCAAUUAAUCCUGUUAAAAUCAAUUAUAUAUAAUUCUAAAACAAACAAAUUAUUAAUCUCCAUGCUAGCUUAAUACUUUUCCUGAAGGCAAAUCGCAGAUUGCCAACUAUAUCAUAUACAUAAAAUUGAAGCUGUCCAAAACUCAAUCACACACCAUCACAGCUUAUUCUAACCCUUCUACUAGGAAGUUUCACUCUCACACAGUAAAUUUUCAUUUAUAAAAUAAACACUGCCAUUUGUGCUAGACUGUCUGUCAAGUUAGAUAAAAUAACCACAGGAGCUCAAUAUGGAUGUACAAAGGUUAAGUAUAAAUACUCAAAUUGGUCCUUCAAAUAUUUAACAGUAAAUUUUACGACCACAGUUGAAAUUUUGUGAAGUUACACAAAUGUCUGCUUUUCUGACAUUUCCAGUAACCUGCUUUGUAAGAUUUACUCUAAUAUUUUUCAAACACUUGAGGUUAGUGUUAUGUAAAAAAGAAUGCCUGAUGUAAUAUGUUUUAAACAAUAAAAGGAAGUCAGUGCAGAGAUAAGAACAGGGGACGUUUGUAUAAUUUUAAGAAUCCUAAAAUAUGGUUAGUGUAGUUUCUCAAUAUUUAUAAAUAACAUCAGUUUAAUUUAUUGAUAUACCUAGGGGUACCAGUUUGACUCCUAAAUUGAGGGUUGUUUACAUUACAGAGAAACAUAUUGGAGGAUCCUGGGCUACCAAUGUGAUAAUUUACUCAAUGAUUACCACCAGAUAUAACAUCAACAAUAAGUUUUGAAAGUGAACAUGAAUAAAGUAACAGGUUAAACGACUGUAUAAAGAUGAAUAUUAAAUUCUCUAGCAUAUAUAAACUAUUAUUCUACCGUUAAGGUUGUGUGGUUAAGCAGAAGAAAUCACGACAAACCAAACCAGAUCAUCUAGUGAUCACUGAUCAUACAGGCAGUGUAGAACUAACUUCAACUUCAAUUCCAUAAAAUUAGUCUCAC